UUUUCCUCCAUUUCGCAAUGGUUUCCCAACACCUUCUCCUUACUUUUAUAUUCCUUAUUCCCGCUGUACUUGGAACUAGAUUCCAUUUUUCUGGCAAUUUAAUUUGCCCACUGCCAGUUUUCAACUAUCGUGUGGAGAUGCAUGAAGAGGAUACGUUCAAAGAAGUGGACGACAAGAUUGGAGAGACUGAUUGGAUGGUUUCAAGGAGGCCGAAUACGUACGAUGUUAUUGGAAAUGAUACUGACGACGGAGCUGAUAUUUUGCAGGAGUUUGAAAUCUACAUGCUCAUCAUCCACGACUGCAAUCCAAGUAGAAAUGUUAAGUCACUGAAAGUCGACUGGGGAACGUACAACAUUUAUCUUGCAACAGUCGACAAGACCAUGGAUGUUCAAAUUUACGACAGAGGAACGCAUAUUUGAAGUUUUAUUUGGGAUUUUUAUUAUUAAAUCUACAUUUUCUCUAUGAAUAAAGUUAAACUGCAAUUA